GUGGGUCAAUGCGAAAAAAGCUCAACUAAUUGCCAAAAAGCCAAGCAUCUGCGUGCAGUGUCAAGCGGGUCUGGUUAAACGUGGCCGACUGGAGUGGGUACAGAAACUCUCCCGCCUGACUCGGCUGUGUCUGCGUGGACCAGGCAGCAUGCUGAGCGCCGCUGCCGCAGACAGGAACAAGGAGCCCCUCCUGGCGGUGAUCCGGGACAACGUGAGCGGCCAGAGAGCCCUGCAGGCGCUGGAGGUCUCCUCCGGGACCGGCCAGCACGUCCUGCACUUCGCCCGCUCUCUGCGGAACAUCACCUGGCAGCCCUCGGAGUUUGACCGGCAGUCUCUGUCCAGUAUAGAAGCUUACAGAGCUCACUACAAGCCGGACAAUGUGAUGCCUGCCAUUCACCUGGAUGCUUCUCAACCACAUCAACACUGGGGAGGGAUCCAGCCAGACAGCCUGGACCUGCUGCUCAACAUCAACAUGAUCCAUAUUUCUCCUUUAGCUUGUACAGAGGGUUUGUUCAAAGGGGCGGGAGCACUUUUGAAGCCGCAGGGUCUUCUGUUGACAUAUGGCCCGUAUGCAGUGAAUGGUGAGAUCACCCCUCAGAGCAAUAUUGACUUUGACUACAGUCUGCGGCAGAGAAAUCCAGAAUGGGGACUCAGGGAUAUCUCACUAGUUAGUUCUUUGGCACAAAAAAAUGGUUUAUACCUGGAUAAAAUUGUGGACAUGCCAGCAAACAACAAAUGUCUUCUGUUCAGGAAGGAGAGUUUAGUGUGAGGUGCUCUUUCCUCAUAAGUUUGGGAGCAAAAUAGUCAAAGCGCUAGAACUUAACACUCAAAAACAUCCAGAAACUUUAAGGAACCAUCUUCUUACUCAAAAUAAACUUUACAUUAGAUAGAUUCAUUAGUUUUGAAUUUCUUCUUACAUGGUUGAGACUCAUGUCUUGUAUACUUAAUUUACUCAAAGAUUUUUUUUAUUAUUAUUAUUCUCAUAAUAGUUACUUAGUAGAAGUGCUUUGCAGAGUCAAAUGAGUGAAUGUACAGAACAGAAAAAUAACAAAAUAGCUGUGUAAUGCUCCUGUGUUUAAAAAUAAUAACAAUAAUCAUAAUGCAAAGAGGCCAAACAAAAUAAUCUACAUGCUACAUGUGCCUAUUUGUCAAGUAUCACAAAAUAAACUUUUUGCAACAUGGUCAAA